AUGGGGGUGUUCAAUGCCACUCACCCUGCUUCCUUCCUCCUCACUGGCAUCCCAGGUCUGGAAAGCCUUCAUCCCUGGCUGGCUGGACCCCUCUGUGUAAUGUACGCCACGGCCCUUGGGGGAAACGCAGUGAUCCUGAGGGCUGUGCAAGUGGAGCCGAGCCUGCACGCACCCAUGUACUACUUUCUUUCCCUGUUGUCUUUCAGCGACGUGGCUAUGUCUUUGGCCACACUACCCACUGUGCUUGGAACCUUCUGCUUCAACGCCCGCAGCAUUGCUUUUGAUGCCUGCCUCAUCCAAAUGUUCCUCAUCCAUUCCUUCUCCAUGAUGGAGUCGGGGAUUCUGCUGGCCAUGAGCUUCGACCGCUACGUGGCUAUCUGUGAUCCCUUACACUAUGCCACUGUGAUCACCAGUGAAUUCAUUGCUGGGAUGGGAUUAGCUGUGACUGUUCGCAGCUUUAUCACCCUCUUCCCUCUGCCCUUCCUCAUCAAGAGGUUACCUAUCUGCAGAUCCAAUGUUCUUUCCCACUCCUACUGCCUGCACCCAGACAUGAUGAAGCUUGCCUGUGCUGAUAUCACCAUCAACAGCCUCUACGGGCUCUUCGUUCUCGUGUCUACCUUCGGCGUGGACCUGUUCUGUAUCUCCCUCUCGUACGUGCUCAUUCUGCGCUCUGUGUUGGCCAUGGCUUCCCAUGAGGAACGACUGAAAGCCCUCAACACGUGCGUGUCACACAUCCUGGCUGUACUUGCAUUUUACGUGCCAAUGGUAGGGGUCUCCACAGUGCACCGUUUUGGGAAGCAUGUCCCUCGAUACGUACAUGUCCUCAUGUCCAACGUCUACCUCUUUGUGCCUCCCGUGCUCAACCCUCUCAUUUACAGCGUCAAAACCAAGGGGAUCCGCCGGGCCGUCUUUCGCAUGUUUCACCGCAUCAAAAUGUGA